UUAACUUCAGAAUUUAUUUUGGCCGUUUUUUCCAAAAACCCAAUUCUUUCCCCAUUCAUUUUUCCAUAGGGAUGACUAAGGACUGCAAACUGGCGAGCACACAAACAUUUCAGACAAAAUCUUGUAAUGGCAUCAUCUUCAUAGGCACUGCAUCAUCAUCAUCAUCAUUGGCACUGACUGCAUUGCCAGGGUAUCCCCACGGUCUUCCUUGCACAAGGCGGCGAUAUUUCUGGGCCAAGUCAAAUCCACCGAAGAAAAUUCAGAAAGGGCGUCGUUUUUAAAACACGUUGUUUUUUUCGAACAACGGCUGUGUUGUUGUCUUGGUACUGAAAAUACAAGCAGUAACUAGCUAGCUGGUUCAGUUCAAUACUUUUUUCCCAGUUCAAUAACGUUACCUGUGUUGCAAAACAGACGUGGCUAACGUUACGCAUUUAUACUAAGAAGCUCACACUGUAUAGGAAAUGGAAAACUUGGAUUUCUCGGAAGAUGAAAUUCAACAACAAUUGGAGGCACUUGGUUACAACAAAAUACCAAGACACAGACUACGUGAAUUCAAAAGAGAUCUAGAUGAACUGAUCCGACAUGAAAAAUCUAAGAGCCACUCAUCCAGUGAAUUGAACUCGACAAGAUCUCAAAGCACCAUCUUCAAAAGUCCUCCUGCAGUCACCAAGGUUAAAGUACAGGAUAACACUGCAGCCUUCAGAAAUGUGUUUGCCCCGGAUGGUCCAUCACACCAUGAAAGACGGGUGCUAACCUCCACAUACAGCAGAGAUAACAGUAACUAUGGUGCCAGACAGGAGUAUGACUCCUACACUCAGCACUCUGUUGCCCACAAGUACCAGCGCCCCUCAACAGCCCCUAAUAGGCUGGAAGUGGAUCCAGACCUAACUGACCUCCAGCAGUUAUCGUUCUCUGUCAGUCAGUCAUCCACACCAGACCGAGACACAGGAGCGCAUGGGAGACCCUUUAUCAAGAGGAAAGUCCUUAGGAAACAUCAAGGCCAAGUUCACGUCUGCGAUGAAUCAACACAUAGUGAAGAUUCAGGUGCAGUGAGUGGGCUGGGGGAGCGUCUGGGAGGGGUUCAUGUGUCCAUGUCCACCCAUCAGGAGUUGGAGAGUGAUGAAGCAGGCAGUCUGAGUGACAGGUCGGAGUCGGACCGUCUCCCAAGUGCCUUCAAAGCCUACAUCCGAGGCAUGGCCAGAUCUGGGAGUGAGAUUGACAUCAGACCCCAGCCCAAGUCGUUUAUCCGCCCAGUAAUGGAUCAUCCUCACACCAGAAAUCUGAAGAAGACCGACCCAGUGGCAAAGUAUUUCCAGUACAAGCAGGACUGGGAAAUGUUCAAGGCGCCAGGAGAGAAGGAUAGAAAAGCACUGCACUGGGAAAUCAGGGAACAGCUCGCGUACCAACCUCUAGCACCGAAGCCUCGAAGAGUAUUUGUGCCCAACACCUACGUGGUGCCUACAGAGAAGAAACGCUCCAUCCUGAGAUGGGAAAUACGACAUGACUUGGCCAAUGGACUCCUACCGCCAAUCAACUAUCGACUCUAGGCCUUAUGUACUUUAUGCCUAAAAUAGGCUCUUUUAAUCACCAGUUUGCAUAUCUUAUCAUUGACAUUUAUUUAUUCAAAAGUUUUUAUUGAACAUAUUAAAAGGCAUGACAAACAUUUGGAUCAUUGAAUAUGUUACAUGACGUUAUUACUUCACCCAGUGCCUUCAAGGCAGGUCAGUGUAGGGGAGUUUGAACGGGUACAGAGGUGUGAAGCGUUCGUCGUGCCAAAGCAGCUUGUUUUCCAGAAACUUCACUGCUUCCAGGGUGAGGACCAGGACCUCGUGUUUGAGCAUGCUAUGAACAUUCAGGCCUGUGGAAGAAAAGUUAUCAGGAAACAUUUUAACUUUACAUUAAUUUGCCCUCACCUGUGUAGUAACAGUAAAUAUGUUACAUAGUACCAUGUAAACUGUAACACAAUGUUGCCCCUAGGUCAAUUAUACACUGAGUGUACGAAACAUUAAGAACACCUUCCUAAUAUUGAGUUGCCCUCAGAACAGCCUCAAUUCGUUGGGGCAUGGACUUUACAAGGUGUCAAGCGUUCCACAGGGAUGCUGGCCACUGUUGACUCCAAUGCUUCACACAGUUGAAGUCAGGCUGGCUAGAUGUCCUUUGGGUGGUAGAUCAUUCUUGAUACACAUGGGAAACCCAGCAGCGUAGCAGUUCUUGACAUAAACAGGUGCGCCUGGCACCUACUACCAUACCACGUUCAAAGGCACUCACAUCCUUUGUCUUGCCCAUUCACCCUCUGAAUGGCACACAUACACAAGCCAUGUCUCAAGACUUAAAGUCCUAGUCAUUUUCUAAAUUACUGUCAACUUACCUAUGGCUGGAAAGACAUUCACAGUCUUCAAGCUCUCAGUGGCCUGAAGGAUGUUCUCAGGAAGCUCUUCGCCCCUGUAAAAUAUCAAAGACUCAAUCCUCAGCUAGGAUGUCCACAGAACUGAGUUUUUUUUGUUCACUGCUGAUACUUACACAUCCACUAUCAAAACAGACUCCCCCCAAUGUCGGUAUCAGAUGAGGUACUGUGGGUUAGCUGUGGGGAUGUUUAGUGUCAACCACAUGGAGAUAAUCCUGAAAAACAACACCCAUCAUCAAUACAGUAGGAAUGUAGAUGGCAUAAUUAAAAAGCAUUCAUUUAAGAGGAUUGAUUACAUGAUAGAGGAAGUUUAAGAUGUGAAUGAACUUGUACUUGUGAAGUGUUUUAACAAAUAAAAUGGUACAUACCUGG